AGCCCUUUGCACGUGCGCACUGAGUGUGCACUCAGAGCGAUCGAUCGGGUACGAUUCGAGCCUCCAUUUUUCUAGAAGAGAGCGGGAGACCGAGACCCUGAUCAGCGGCAGUCAGGGAAACUGUCAUCCUCUUCUGAAAAAUGUACAGAACCAAAGUGGGUUUAAAGGACCGCCAGCAGCUCUACAAGCUGAUCAUUAGCCAGCUGCUGUACGACGGUUACAUUAGCAUCGCCAAUGGCCUCAUCAACGAGAUCAAGCCCCAGUCUGUGUGUGCACCCUCGGAGCAGCUCCUGCAUCUCAUCAAGCUAGGGAUGGAGAAUGAUGAUACUGCAGUUCAAUAUGCCAUUGGUCGCUCUGACACGGUUGCCCCAGGCACGGGGAUCGACCUGGAGUUUGAUGCAGAUGUCCAAACAAUGUCACCAGAGGCUUCCGAGUAUGAGACCUGUUAUGUCACUUCCCACAAAGGCCCAUGCCGUGUGGCCACCUACAGCAGAGACGGGCAGUUGAUAGCCACAGGAUCGGCUGACGCCUCCAUAAAGAUCCUGGACACAGAAAGAAUGCUGGCCAAAAGUGCCAUGCCCAUUGAGGUCAUGAUGAAUGAGACUGCACAACAGAACAUGGAGAACCACCCAGUGAUUCGAACUCUUUACGACCAUGUAGAUGAAGUCACGUGUCUUGCUUUUCACCCAACAGAACAGAUCCUAGCCUCAGGCUCAAGGGAUUAUACUCUAAAAUUGUUUGAUUAUUCCAAACCAUCUGCAAAAAGAGCCUUCAAAUACAUUCAGGAAGCUGAAAUGUUGCGCUCCAUCUCUUUUCACCCUUCUGGAGACUUCAUCCUCGUUGGUACGCAGCAUCCCACGCUUCGCCUUUAUGACAUCAACACCUUCCAGUGUUUUGUCUCCUGCAAUCCCCAAGACCAGCACACCGAUGCUAUCUGCUCUGUUAACUAUAAUCCUAGUGCCAACAUGUACGUCACUGGCAGCAAGGACGGCUGCAUCAAGCUGUGGGAUGGCGUCUCUAAUCGCUGCAUCACAACCUUUGAGAAGGCUCACGACGGGGCGGAAGUCUGUUCUGCCAUUUUCUCCAAGAAUUCCAAGUACAUCCUCUCAAGUGGGAAAGACUCUGUAGCUAAACUCUGGGAAAUAUCCACAGGGCGGACACUGGUGAGGUACACAGGCGCAGGUCUGAGUGGACGGCAGGUGCACCGGACACAGGCUGUGUUCAACCACACUGAGGACUAUAUUUUGCUGCCUGACGAGAGGACCAUCAGCCUGUGCUGCUGGGACUCUAGGACGGCUGAGCGCAGGAACCUGCUGUCCCUGGGCCACAACAACAUCGUGCGCUGCAUAGUGCACUCCCCCACCAACCCUGGCUUCAUGACAUGCAGCGAUGACUUCCGAGCUCGGUUCUGGUACCGGAGGUCCACCACUGACUGAGCUGGCCCCAUUCCUAGGGUUCUUGUCUCAGGUCUGCCCUCCUCCCGUGUCCUCACCGGCUGUGGAAGUGAACAACUUGCACCAUCUGUGGCGGGUGUAUGGCCGCCCGGCUCCUGCCUUGGAUUUGUGUGUGGAAGCUCUUUUUCUUACCUUGAUGUAGAAUCCUGGUGGGAGAAGUUGGAAACAGACUUGUGCAGUUGUCCUGUCACAGUGAUUUCUAUGUGGUCUCCACCAGCUGAGAGAGUGCAGGACUUGGCAUGGCCUUCAUCUCUCGUUCCAGGAGAAGGACAGAGAAUGGAAGUACUUCCUGGGCCUCGGAGUCACACUUGUCACCUGGGCUGUCCCGCCCCCUCUAUAUAUUCUUUCAAGAUGCAUUUUGGCACACAAGGAGGGCUACAUCUCUGAGGACCUGGGUUCCAUGUGGAACCACCUUGCAGGGAUCCCAGUCCCAUCCUGAGGUGACAUCGUCCUGGUAAUAAAGCUCAGAUCCACAGCCUCACUGUCCCUCCUUCUUCACGUCAAUCAAAUGAAGGGUUUCUAGCCCCGUCUUCCAUCCCUGCAGCGCCCGCCCUCUUGGUACCAGCAGUGGUUGCUGUUAGGACUGUUGCCAGCCUGCAAGCCCAGGAGAGCUGGAAGGUUAGGAACCUACAGCCUUAGCUAAAUAGCAAGUUUGAGGCCAGCCUGGGCUACAUGAGCCCCAUUCUCAAAAAGAAAAAAGAAAAAAACAAACAAACAACCAAAUAGGUGCCAUAGCCCACACCUUAAUCCCAGCUCAGCUCUUGGGAGCCAGAGGCAGGUAGAUUUGUGUGAGAUCCUUGCCUGGUCUAAAUAGUGCCCAGCCAAACUAUAGAGUAAAACCUUGUCUCAAAAAAAGGAGGUAAUGAUCUGAUAGAUUGAGUCCAAGCCACAAGAGCCUGCUGUCCUCAGCCAGGGCUGUCCCCAGCUAGGGAUACCCAGGGCCCCACACUCCAGGGAGGUUGCUGCUGCACUCCAUCUGAUACAUUUUUCUCUCUCGAAGUGUCUGGGAAGCUGGCAGUGUUCUGUCUGUGUUAAGUCAAGUGUAGGCGACCCAGUCCUGCAUGACCCUCUUACUAACAAAGUCUGCUUUCUGUUUCUCCUGAAGAAGAAUCCCUCAGGACCUGGGCAGAGGAACCUGCAAACGGUGGUAGGUCACCGACUAAGCAGUGACCAGGCCCCCGGGAAGUCAGUCAUUCCUGAGUUGUGAGAACUUUGGCAUAAAAGGUCUGUUGCAGCCGAACCAUUGGGGAACCACUGGGUUUGUGGUGGUUGUCCUAGAGUUGUUUUUCUGUCCACAGGAAGUGUUCACUGGCCCUGGCCACCUGGGGGUGCUGCCCAUAGUUUCCAGGGCAGCUAGUGGACAGGACAAGGACAACCAGUUCUGUCUAGGCAAGCUUUGCAUCUCUUCCUCUGGUGUCCCCGGUGCUUUCUGGCUGUGACACGAGAGCAGACUUGCUACCUGUGCUCCCACCUGCACGCCCAGCACAAGGGGCCAGGGUGCUGCAGUCACUCAGGAAUUAAAAUAAGGCCAGAGACUUUGUGCAGUCUCUGGGAGCCUCGGAGCUGGUAGUUUGAGGGCUGGCAGAUGCAGGAUGGAGAUGCUCUUUUGUUUCCAAAACAAUCCCCUCCCACCCCCACCCCAAUCCCCGUACCUUCCUCUCUUCUUCCUUUUAAAAGCCACAUUAACAUUUGAGCUGGUACACAUGUCAGGAAUAUCACACAGACUCAUCCUCCUCACAGACCAUUUCGCUAACUAUACCACAUAACACCUGGCAUUCAAAUGAAGAAUUUAUAUCUGGUCAGGAUAACCUACCCCUUCUAUGUUGUUUUUUAAAGAUGUGAUUUCUAAAAUAAAUUUUUUUAUAUAACAGU